AGUCCAAGGACGCGCGGCACUUAUACGCAUGGAAGUUGGAAUCAUCUUUGUUGAAUUUACGCAUGGCUGUGUCUCGUCUCCUGGGAAGAUGCGUCUGGGCGCAUGAGAGCUUAUCGGGGCGUCAAGAGAGGUAAAAAAAAAAGUGCAAAAUGAUGCGGGUGAAUGAGCUGCUGCUCGGUUACUUUCUGAUGAAAGUUGUGCUGUGCGACGCGGAGGGGGAGCAGGGUCCGGCCGUCGACGACUUCAUGUUUGUUACCGGGUUUAACGACUCCAGGGAAGCGGAGAGCGCAGUCACAGAGAGCCCGCACAUGGAGGACAAGUGCCGCGGCUACUACGACGUGAUGGGCCAGUGGGACCCGCCAUUCGUGUGCAGGACGGGCAGCUAUCUGUACUGCUGCGGCACCUGUGGCUUCAGGUUCUGUUGCGCGUUCAAAAGCUCCCGUCUGGAUCAGACCAACUGUAAGAACUACGACACCCCGCCAUGGAUGAUGACAGGGAGACCCCCGCCAAAAGUGGACCCGGCGCUGGAAACCGCGAAGGAUAAAACCAACCUCAUUGUUUAUGUCAUAUGCGGGGUCGUGGCUAUAAUGGCACUGAUAGGGAUUUUCACAAAGCUCGGUUUGGAAAAGACACACCGCCCGCAGCAAGAUGAUAUGCCGAGAGCUCUUGCACACGUUAUCCGCCACCCUGCCUCGGAACAUUCGGAUGACAUUGGACUUGGCCAGCACUACGAGAACAUUCAGACCAGAGUCACAGUCAACAGCCUCCAUAGCAACCAGAUGAACAACCUGGUGCAAGCAUCGACUCUGAUAGCGCAGCCUUACCCACCUAUGGGACAGAUCACCAGCCCCUAUGAACAACUGAAGCCUGUCAAGGAUCUCAACAAGUAUGCAACACUGAAGGCUGUGGCAGAGAAAGCCAAUGAUAGCUUCUACAGCAACCGGCGGACAAUGAUCGAGAUGACAAGCAAAAGCAGCCUCCCCAUGGAAGCCAUGGAUUUGGAGCCAGCGCCCAGUAACCCCUACAGCCCACCGAGGCAGGUGUCUGGGAAGCAGAAUGGUCACAAGUACAAAAGCCCCAGGAGCCGCAGCUCCCAGUCGCUAUGCUACAGCACCAGCACGGCUGUGAGCCCAGGGGCACUAAGAUCCUGGGAAAGCAAGGACGUAGUGGGACUCAGACAGAGCUACGGCCAAAAGAAACUGUGCAUCAUAGAGAAGGAGCUGCACACCACCCGCUACAUGCCUCCACAGCCGUACUUUGUCACCAACAGCAAGACAGAAGUGACAGUAUGAGGGACGGGGUCAGAACAACAGGAUUAAAGGAGCCUGUUUUUGAGAGAGACAGGAGCUGCUGACUGUGGUGGUGUAAGAAAGCAACAUGGACUGUAGCAUCUGCAUUUAAGGGCAGCAUUAAAGACACUACCUACAGGUAAAGGGCACUGUACAAGGACUCGGUAUCAGUCACUGAGCCUCAGGUGGGUACAGUUAUGAAUAUGUUUUCAUCAGUAUUUAUAUUACCACACUUAAAACAAAUCACAAGUUAUGUUACUCAAAUAUACGUCAAUAAUUACCUUUAAAGUAAAGUAUACAAUUUCUAUAAAACACUGUUUAAAUGAAAAAACUUUUCUUAUUUACCGGUAUCUUAAUAAUCAAGGAUGACUUGUCUAUGAUGACCUGUGAAACAAUUAUAUGUUUGACCAGAUCUAAAGAUACUGUAUAUGGCACUGCUACAUUGCUAGAUGUUAGAGUUCAGCAUCUAAAGUUAUUAUUUUGGGAUAUUUUCCAAAAUAAAACAUUAACCAGCCCCAAGCUAUUUGACAAUGUAGGUCAUUUAUUUAUCUUGGAUUUUUUAUUGAAUCACACAAGUCUACAAAGAAGAACAUUUUUACAGUUAGAUAAGGAUAACCAAACAAUUUAUCUUAAAGCUCCUGUGAAUUACUUUUUGUCAGUGUUGAUUUUGGAGCCCCCAUGUGGACAAAGUAAUACACCUUAUUUCUUUGCCGAUUUUUUCUUGUACAUGUGUAAGUAGUGAUUUUCAACAAAAAUCUCAUCCUGCUUUCUUACGCCACUCAGAUGUAGCACUCAUGAAUAAUAUAAGCUGUUAACAAUGUAAACAAAGGCUGUUUCUGCAGCUCUCUGUUAUCAUUACCCCCCAGCAGUGGUUUUAGGCAUGACAAAUGACUGUGUGGAAAUAGUCAAGCUUUGUGCUGAUGGUCUUGUUUGCUUCUGUGGCUCAUAUAGAGACACUGGUUUUAUUUUCAUUCUGUUGUAUAAUCAGCUAAAAAAAUCCUCACAGGAGCUUUAAUCUUCAUAAUGUUAAAAAAAUUCAACUAUAUCAGUCUUUCAAACCAAAUUGAGAUGGCAAUGACUGUAACUGGCAUCAGUAAGAACUGAUAUAAUCUGAUGUAAAGACUUUUUCAGGUGUCCAAAAUGCAGUACAUUUAUUUUGGAGA